CCCAAAUAUACUUUUUCACUAUAACUAAAUGGAAAACACCACAAGAGGCAGAAAACCUCUUUCCCAGGCCAUUAUAAAUACAGAAGCAAGCUUCUCUAUUUCCUCUGCACUCUUUUCCUCUUUCAUCAUUUUCUGAGCUCUACUCUCUCAGUACACAGAGAGGGAAAGAACAGUUAUUAGUUAAUAGUUAGUUAGUUAUUACCUAACAAAACCAAGUAAAAAACUCACAUUUUAUCUCCUCAAGAAUCAAUGGCAGAUUCAAGAUCCUCUGUUUUUGUUAUCCUCUAUUUCUGUACCUUAUUUCUCCUCUGUAAUGGUAACACAUUUCGCCGUAGCCACCCACACAAAGGCGUUCAUGGGCAUUCUCGGUUAGCACCCCACAAUUACAGGGAUGCUUUGACUAAAUCUAUCCUCUUUUUUGAAGGUCAAAGAUCUGGUAAACUCCCUCCUAACCAAAGAAUUUCUUGGAGGAAGGAUUCUGGACUUUCUGAUGGCUCUGAUUUACAUGUGGAUUUAGUGGGAGGAUAUUAUGAUGCAGGGGAUAAUGUGAAGUUUGGAUUUCCAAUGGCUUUUACCACAACAAUGCUUUCAUGGAGUGUGAUUGAAUUUGGUGGGCUUAUGAAGCAAGAACUCCAACAUGCCAAACAAGCCGUUCGUUGGGCUACUGAUUAUCUCCUUAAAGCUACUGCUCAUCCUGACACCAUCUAUGUUCAGGUAGGAGAUGCAAAAAAAGAUCAUGGUUGUUGGGAAAGACCAGAAGACAUGGAUACACCAAGAAGUGUGUUUAAGAUUGACAGAAACAACCCAGGAACAGAAGUUGCUGCUGAAACUGCUGCUGCUCUUGCUGCUGCUUCUAUGGUCUUCAGAAGGAGUGACAAAGCUUAUUCUAGGGUUCUCAUUAACCGUGCUAUUAGGGUGUUUGAAUUUGCUGAUAAGCACAGAGGAUCUUAUAGUGAUGGACUCAAGAGCUAUGUUUGUCCCUACUAUUGUUCUUUCUCUGGUUAUCAGGAUGAGCUAUUGUGGGGGGCAGCAUGGCUUCAUAGAGCAACAAGAAACCCAAUGUACUUAAAAUACAUUGAAAGAAAUGGGCAAGUGCUCGGUGCAAGUGAGGAAGAUUUCACCUUUGGUUGGGAUAACAAACAUGCUGGUGCUAGAAUUCUUCUCUCUAAGUCUUUCCUGGUUCAAGGAAUGCAAGCUCUCCAUGAAUACAAAAGUCACUCAGAUAAUUUCAUAUGUUCACUUAUUCCUGGUGCACCUUCCUUUACUGCUCAGUACACUCCAGGAGGACUUCUAUAUAGGAUGAGUGAUAGCAAUAUGCAAUAUGUGACAUCCACAUCAUUUCUUCUCUUAACAUAUGCCAAAUACCUAAAGUCUUCUCAUAUGACUGUCUCUUGUGGUGCCACUAUUAUCACUCCUAAGACCCUUCGUUCCCUUGCUAAAAAACAGGUGGAUUAUUUAUUGGGUUCGAACCCAAAAAAGAUGUCAUACAUGGUUGGGUACGGGCCAAGAUACCCACAAAGAAUCCAUCAUAGAGGAGCAUCACUACCCUCCAUUGCAAAACACCCACAAAAAAUAGAAUGUUCACCAGGGUUUGAUUUCAUGAACACGGAAGCACCAAAUCCAAAUGUACAUGUAGGUGCAAUAGUUGGUGGGCCCGACCAACAUGAUAUGUUCCCAGAUGAAAGGUCUGAUUAUGAGCAAUCUGAACCGUCCACUUAUAUCAAUGCUCCUCUUGUGGGUACCCUUGCUUACUUGGCUCACUCCUUUGGCCAACUCUAAAGCUACCCUUUAACACUUGGGUUUGCUUUUUUUUUUUUUUUAAUAUCAUCCUCAUCAAACCAAUUUAUAUUAUCAUCCUCAUCAAACCAAUUUAUAUUAUGCUCGAAAGCAGGAUCUGGAUGAAGAAAUAUUUUAAUUAUUAAUCAAGUGUAACUAAUGGGAUGGAAUUGAGGUUUAAAGUUGGAACCCCUUGGGAGAUCAUGCCUAAAAAAUAGGUGGCAACAAUUAACAAGAGUGGUUCUUUUUUUUUUUUUUUUGGUAUUUUAGGAUUUAAUCUUAAAUUAAUAUUAGUAUUGUUCUUGUUUUAGUACUACUAUUAUAGUUUAAGCUUUGAGGAGUAAUGUUUAUUGAUUUAGAUUACCUUUAUCUCUUGAUUGUAAGGCAAUAUAUUGUUGAUUUAGUGCCACAAAUUUCGAGUUGGUUAUUGUAAAAUUCUAUAUUAUUAUGGGAUAAUGAACUUAUAUUUUAUUAAAAAACUA